CAAUUCCCUAUUUUUGAUUGCCAAAUUAAUGCGUGACGUAUAUAUUAUUGGACAAAAGCCUAGAAAUUGCUUAGCGAAUGAAUUCUUCAUGCUGGAAAGGAAGGAAACAUUUGCUUUAAUUGGCAAUUUUCUGGUUCUUCUACGGCCUUUGCACGUGUGAAAAGGAGUAAAUAAAAAGAAUUAUUGUAAAGAAAGUUAUUGUACCGAAGGCUUGUUCACCAAAAGACUAUUAUAACAGGCUGAUAAUAAUCAAAAUGGGAAAAUUUGGGAACAAAUUGAGACGCUCGUUUAGGGGUCUUUCUUUCAGAAGAAGAAACCGCGGAAGGAGAAACGAAGAAAAUGCUGAAGGCCAACCAGACGCGAAUCCUAUCCCUACGCCUGCAACGGAACCCGCUUCCGAAGAUAACAGUGUUCAAGCUGAGAACAUGGUAUCAUCUGAAAUGUCACAACAGGCCGGUGUCCAAGAUCAGUCUGGAUCAAGCGAUGAAGCAAGUUUAAUAACACCCACGGAAAAUAUUCCCGGCGAGCAAAAUGCCGAAGCUGCGUCGAAAUCGAAAGAAAACGUAAAAUCAUCUGAAAUCUCGCAUGGUGAGACUGCUCAGGACUGCAAUGUUCAACAUGCAUCUAAUGCAGAUGGAAAUCAAAGAUCAGAACCUAAGUCAUCAAACCUUCUCUCAAUGAAAGACGUUGGAUGCAUAACAAAAACUGAAAGGGGAAACCCGAUCAGACAAGAUGGUAUCGGUGAUCAACCAGUAAGUGUAUCAUCAGAAAUGUCGGAAGCGGAGAAUUUUCAAGAUCUGCCUGGUCCAAGCAGCAAUGUCCGAAUAGCAGAAAAUAAUCAGCGAGGCCGUAAUGACGUUCCAGCAUCAGCAGAAGUUCGAGCAUCAAGGCCUCCGUCAGCAAACCUUCUACUCAUACAAGAAGCAAGGAACAUUUAUAGACAAACCAUCAUGCUUGGGAAUCCGGUUACACAAGAUGCUGUGGGACACGACGCUAUGAUAGCUGAUGCAGAAGAACCAAUAGAGGCACAAAAUCAAGAAGAUGACGGUUAUAGCACAGACUGAUAAUACGGACAAUCAAAAAAUAAACAUUAAUGCAUGUGUAUAUAUACUAGUAUAUGAAAUUAAAUAAAUACUAUAACUAAAAUAAAUAACGAUAAUCAGUUAAACCACAGUUAAUAGAAUAUACAUGGUUUGGAGACCACGUAAAACUAUAAUACAACUCAUUAACUAUGUUGAGGUAAAUUUAUGCAAAAAAUUGUUUCUUUGUCAUCACAAUGUCAUGUCUAUUGCACAGAUAAACCAAUACCAAUCUUAUAAUUAACAUAUUUUUCAAGUCAAGAUUAAGGAGCUUAGCAAAACGAAUGUCAUUGGUAAAUUUGCCUAAAAUACAAUAGACAAGUGACGAGAAAGGAACCAUUUUUUGCAUAAACCAGGACAAUAACAUAGUUAAUGAGU